AGACCGUGUAGAGAAAAUGAACUCCGCGGUGGUUAUCGCGGCGCUACGAGAGCCCGAUGUUCCGUCGUCGUCUUGUGAGUGAAUAGGGAAUCGAUCGGAUCGGCCGCGAUGGAGGGCUGCGUGUCCAGGAACGAGUCCGGGAUCGCACCAGAGCUGUACUUCCUGAUCGCCAAGUUUCUCAACGCGGGUGUCUGCCAGGAGGCCGCGAGCGUGCUGAAGCGGGAACUGGAGCGUGCCGAGGUACUCCCCUCGCGACACGACUGGGAGGGUAACGUGCACAGUCAGACUUUCGAGGAGUUGGAGAAAAAAUAUCCCCACAUUGGGCCGAAUUAUUUGUUGCAAAUAUGUGCCAGAAUAGGACCAGUGUUAGAGAAAGAAGUGCCACCAUGCGUUCGUGGAGCGACAUCACUUCUUGGAGCAGGCAGACAAUCUUUGCUACGUACUCACGAAGAUAUUACAAAUUGUACAUACAGCAUUGUCGAUUAUUCUGGAAGACUCGGUGGAAAACCUUUCUUGGAAUUGCCCGGUAGUUUGUUAGUGCCUAAUAUAGUACGUGUACUUCAAGGACGUGAGAAUUCUGGCCCUUUGAGUCGAAGGCAGGCGAUACCAACAAAGUUCUACAAUAAAAUGAAAUUAUAUCGGCAUACGCUAGGCCAUUUGUCUGCGGUGUAUUGCGUGCUAUUUGAUCGCACCGGUAAAUAUAUUAUAACUGGAGCAGACGAUUUACUUGUCAAAGUCUGGAGUUCCGUUGAUGGACGUUUACUCGCCACUUUCCGAGGUGCAUCUGCAGAAAUUAUGGACAUAGCCGUGAACUUUGAUAAUACUUUGUUGGCAGCAGGAAGUUUAGAUCGAAUAAUACGGGUCUGGUGUUUCCAGUCGAUGUCGCCUGUGGCCGUCUUGACAGGGCAUUCAGGCAUGAUUACGUCCAUCAAUUUUUGUCCAAUAGUAUGUAAUAACGUUUACUAUUUAGUCUCUACCAGUACUGACGGAUCCGUAGCUUUUUGGUCCCAUACGAAGAAACCGAACGAGAGAGCAGUAUUUCAAACGAAGCCGAUUCAAUACCAUGAGAAAAUGAGGCCUGGCCAAGCGCAAAUGAUAUGUGCCUCUUUUAGUCCCGGGGGCGCAUUUAUGGCUGCUGGUUCCGCAGAUCAUAACGUAAGAGUUUACGCGAUGUUAGGGGACGAAGGACCGCGUAGAGUUCUCGAGAUCGAAGCGCAUUCCGACACGGUCGAUAGUAUUCAAUGGGCGCAUAGCGGGUUAAAAUUUAUUUCUGGUUCUAAAGAUGGCACUGCAAAUGUAUGGCAUUUCGAACAACAGCAGUGGCAACAUAAACGACUAGUUAUGACGACAAAACUCUCUGGAGAACCAGAACCGGAUGAUGAUACAAAUAAAAAAUCAAAAGUAACUAUGGUUUGUUGGGACGUGAGCGACGAAUUUGUUAUAACAGCAGUGAACGAUUAUACGUUGAAGGUGUGGAAUCCAAAAUCGGGUGAACUAGUGAAGGUUCUGCGGGGACACAAAGACGAAGUUUUUGUGUUGGAAUCACAUCCAAUAGAUCCUCGAAUAAUACUGAGUGCUGGCCACGACGGGCAACUUAUUAUUUGGGACGUGUUGAAUGUGGAACCGAUUGUUUGCUUCCAAAAUUUUGUUGAAGGCCAGGGAAAUUGUGCUGUUUUUGAUGCAAAAUGGUCGCCCGAUGGUACGAAGCUUGCCGCGACAGAUUCUAAUGGACAUCUUUUAAUGUACGGAUUUGGAUGUGGAGGUGAAAAAUUGAAAAUUAUACCAAAAGAAUUAUUCUUCCACACGGAUUAUCGACCUUUGAUAAGAGAUGGAAAUAAUUAUGUUCUUGACGAGCAAACGCAAACGGCGCCGCAUUUAAUGCCGCCGCCGUUUUUGGUUGAUGUAGAUGGAAAUCCAUAUCCGCCAGCGUUGCAGAGAUUGGUGCCAGGAAGAGAAAAUUGUAGGGGCGAGCAGUUGGUACCAAAUAUUGCAGUUGGUGCAAGUGGUAUGCAAGAGGUUAUAGAAGGUCUUCCAGAACAAGAGCCAAGAUCGAACAUUGAUCAAUUAAUCGAAGCUCUUGCUCAGAGACAAAACAUUGAUGUAGGAGCAGAUGGAGAAAUGGCCAUCGCUGGCGAAGAGAAUAGAGACAAUAAUAAUGCGGAACAACCGAUUCGUCAAAUAGCGAGUCCUCGUGGUAGUAGAGCUGGUUUAAGGAGAGAGGGUAACGUUGAAGGUGUUCGGCAAAGCAGCGGCAAUUGGCAAAGAGAAAGCACUACUCCGUGGAACAAACCUAUGCUCGCGCGUCCCGUGAAUCCAGCUAUAAAAAAGACUGAGAUGAAAAAGAUUGAAGCAAUGGCUGAUAUGGAGUUAGAAAGCUGGCGGCGGGAAAUGCGGCGGCGACCACAGCCUACCUCGAGCACUGCCACUAAUCAAGGCAAUAUAGGAAAUAAACUCGCAAACCGUAAGCGUAAUAGAACUACUAGGCACGGUUACAGAACUAGAGCAACACGCGACGAAGAACAAGAGGAUGACUAUGAGAAUAACGCUGAAUCGUCAGCGAGUUCAGUCAGUAGCAAUAGCAACGAUUCUACCGCCAACGAGGAGGAUAUGUGCUCCGAUAGCACUACAGACUCCAGUACUGAAUAUUCCGAUUGGAUCGCGGAUCACGGAUUGAAUUUGGAACCGCCCAAACGUAGUAAACGAAAACCCGUGAAAAAACGAUCCGUCACUCCCCCAAGUGACGCGGACAAGAGACGCAGCAGGCGUCCUAAGAAAAAAGUAAUACCAAUAGCUAAUGGUAUUCGUGAAGUUCCUGAAAAUUAUCGACCUUCAGAAUGGCUUACCGAAGUAAUACCGAGGAAAGCCCCUUAUUAUCCACAGAUGGGCGAUGAAAUAGUCUAUUUUAGACAAGGUCAUAAUUUCUAUUUAGAUGCGAUUAGGAAUAAGAAGGUUUAUGAGCUUAGUCCGCGGUGCGAGCCAUGGACCAAGAUAAAUAUUAGAGCACAAGAGUUCGUGAAAGUAGUGGGUAUUAAGUAUGAAAUACGACCGCCUCGUUUGUGCUGUUUGAAAUUAGCAUUGAUGGAUGAGGGCGGUCGACUUACUGGACAGAAUUUUACUGUCAAAUACCAUGAUAUGGCCGAUGUGUUAGAUUUCCUAGUGUUGCGUCAAACUUUCGAUACGGCAUUAGCGCGAAAUUGGUGCGAGGGUGAUAAAUUUCGUUGUAUGAUUGAUGAUGGUUGGUGGAUGGGACAGAUCGUCGGAAUGGAACCGUUAGACGAAGAGUUUCCAGAAUCACUCUUUAUGUGCUUUCGUGUCAGAUGGGAUAAUGGGGAAUAUGAACGAAUGAGCCCUUGGGAUCUCGAACCUGUAGACGAAGAUAGAGUCCCUGCGGAACUCGGUGGCGCUGUUCUCGUCUUACCGGAGGAAAGACAAGCAAUUUUAUAUCAGCCCCACACAGAAGAGUGGCCCAUGGGUGACAGAGAAGCGACUUGUCGCCGAAUUAUACGAGGUCUGGAUCAAGUGAUGAGUCUCGCAAUCGCAGAACCAUUCGUGGCGCCAGUGGAUCUCAGUCUUUAUCCAAGUUAUGCCUACAUUGUGGAGUAUCCAAUCGAUUUGUCGACUAUAAAAGCCCGUUUUGAAAAUCAUUUUUAUAGAAGAAUUACAUCGGCACAAUUUGAUGUUAGAUACUUAGCAGCAAACGCCGAGCAAUUCAAUGAACCGCACAGUCAUAUAGUGAAAAAGGCGAGAAUAGUCACUGACUUAUGUCUGCGUAUAAUAAAAGAACCUACUGAUAUGGAUGUUCCGGCAGUAUAUCAUCAAUUGAAUGAUACGUACCAAUCCUCCGAAUCGGAGAUAGAAGUAGAAAACAAACCUUCGACAAGUAGAUUGAGAUCUUCGAAUAAAAAGAAUUUAUAUUCGCAGGAGUUUUCACAAGAUUGGAAAUUGGCGUGUCGUCAAUUGUUAGAGACUCUGUGGCAAUGCGAAGACUCGAUACCUUUCAGGGAACCGGUAGAUAGAUUAGAGCAUCCAGAAUAUCAUCAAAUAAUAGACACACCGAUGGAUUUGCGUACUGUCAAAGAGGAUUUAUUAGGCGGUAAUUACGAGACGCCAGUGGAAUUUGCGAAGGACAUGAAAUUGAUAUUUACAAAUAGCAGGAAUUAUAAUACUAAUAAACGCUCGAAGAUAUAUUCGAUGACGAUAAGAUUGUCGGCCAUGUUCGAAGCUUAUAUGCAUAGGAUACUUUUAAAUUGGAAAUCAGCGCGUAAACGAAAUAAAGAUAAAACGGAUGAUGAUGAUGAUGAAGAUGAUGAGGAUGAUGAUGUUGAUGUUAAGACGACGAAGCCGAGAGCAAAGCGGAAACCGAAGAAGAAAUCUAAUUUAAGUAAUGGCACAGGGCCAUCCAAAUCAAAAUCUGCUCCUAGCGAUGAUGAGGACGACGUAGACAGUGAGGAUGACGAUGACGACGAGGAUGACGACGAGUCGGGUAAAGAGCAGAAAAAGAAAGAUUUUGACAUAAGUACACCUGGACCCUCUCGAAUGACAAAUGGUCACGCAAAGCGAUCUAAUUUCGGUCCGUCCCGGCCAACGCUGAAACUGCGAAUCUGUCGUUCGACCGUAUCGAAAAAGCCGAAGAAUAGUUAUAGUGACGCUAGUGAAACUGAGGCAACGACGGACAGUGACAGCAGUGACGGUGGCCCUGUUCGAAGAACUAGAGCGAUGACAGCGAUACCUAGUGUUAGUGCUGAUACUGAUUCCGGAGACGAUUAUACGCCUGGUGGUCGCAACAAACAGGUUCGCAAGAAUCGCGGCAAAAAUAUUAAGAAUGGCAAGCAAUCUAAAUCUAAAGUAAAAUCGAAUGUUAUCGUCGACGAAGAUGAUGAUGAAGAAGAGUACGUUGCGGAAAACAAAAUAAAUGAGGACAAGAAAUUUGUUGCGCCGGAUUCCACUGAGGAGGAAGAGGAAGAGGAAGAGGAGAGCGAAGAGGAAAAGAUCAUCAAAAGGGACACGAGGUCACGAAAGUUAGUGACCGAGAACGAGAUCCAAAAGUAUACUACUAACAAUGGGAAGAACAAUAAUAGCGAUAGCGAAAGCGAAGAGGACGACGAUGAAGAACCACAGGAAGAAGAAGAGGAUGAACAAGAAGAGGAACAGCAGCAUCAAUUACAAAUUGAGGCUGAUAAUCAGGACUCGGAAGACAGUGAGUAUUGCUACACAGGAUUCAGGUCUUCGCGCUCGAGACGUCGAAAGCAGCGCGGUUCUGUAGAUUCGGAGAACACCAGGCAGCAGUACACCAGCAGACGAUCCUCGGCUCGGAAGCGUCCCUAUUAUAACGAGGAUACCGAUGACAGUAUCAUGGUACCGGUGAGAAACCGGCGUAAGAUCAAACGUCGUUCGUAUGCCGAGGAUAGCGAUGAAGAAAACAUACCGGAGCCCGGCAUUAGCAUAAGUAGCCGAGGCCGCAUACGUAAAAUGACACCGCGUGCCCGCGCUUACCUUCUAGAAUCGCCCUAACGGCAUAUCUCUAAAUAAAAAUUAUGUCCAAGAAUCUUCAUAAGGAUUCUGGAAAGUAUCGUGCCACACAUUGAAAACUUGGCUCGCAUUCGAAAGAAAGAGUGCGCCCAAAGAUGAAUAGAGUUUUCAAUCGAUUGGCCUUCUCGAUCUCGGAACUUAUUUCGUCGUCGUUACACUUAUUUUUCACUGUUGCGCGUAAUCGCGAUACAGAAUCUCCGACAGACACCUCUCGAUAUGGUCUGCGGAAAUAACGCAAUGGAAACUCGAGCGAACUUAGAUUUUUUUUUCCUGCGUUUGAAUAAGACGGUUUACUUAGUUAUAAAAGAUUGUCACAGAGUGAAGUGUAUUGAACGACAUUCUAAGUACUUUUAUUUUUACGAAACGGUUUGAGAUGAAGAAAGUGUUCUUGACCUUUUGUAUUUAACUAUACAUACUAUCGAUCUGAUUAAUACAUUGACUCAAUGGUGCAAACAAAAACAGUAUGAACGGACACGCAAUGUUUUCCAUAUUUUCAAAUCAUUCUAUACCGUUUUAUUUGCACGUUCAACCGAAUUUAACGAUGAUAAACAAAUCUGUAUAAAAGUUCACUUAUUCUAAAGAAAAUUAUAUCGAAAAUUCUAUAUAUAAUCGUUGUUGUACAGGUACGAUGAUUAUCUUGUUAACCAUCUUGAAAGUGUAAAAACAGGAGUGCAUUCUUCGUGAAAAAAUGUAAGUCUACCCUUAUAUGAUUGCUUCCAUUGAUUUCAAAUGUUUAGUUGACAAAUGAAAUUUUCAUGCUACGUUUAUAUAAUAAAAACAGGAAAUCAUGUUAUUUUAUAAAAGUUUUCAGUAAAGCAACAAAGGUUGAACAAUGCACUUAUAAAAUUUAUCAAGUUAUUGUUUUAAUAGUUUUUCCGCAUUAUCAUUGUAAUAGUUAUCCAUCGAGAGUUUAUGAGCUUACGUUGGGACUCUUAUUUUCUUACUUUGCAGUUAUAUUGAAUUAAAAAACUUCUAAAUUCAUGAACUGAUAAAUUUGCUAUAAAUGUUACAGCUAUACAAUUUCAAAAAUAGCUGGAUAAUCUAUUCUAUUUUUAUUAGAGUAUAAAGUAUAAAAUAUGUAAAUUUAACUUUAAAUUUUUUAACUAAGAUGCGCUAUAGUGAUUCCACUGAUUUUUUAUUUCACUAUAUUUCAUGUUUUUCUCGUCUCCGUGCCUUUUAUAUGUAUUUUAAUCGAAAAAAACCUAAUUUAUUUUAACACAGCACAAACAAUUCACAGUAUUUUUCACAAUUCAAUAAAGCUGCAAUGAGACAAUCAAGAGCCCUUGAGCAAUUUUCUAAACAUGUUACGUUAUAAGAACAUGAAUCAGUAUUUAUUUUAUCCAUGAAAAAUUUUCAAGACAAAAAAUUGUAAUAAAAUUAAAUAUAAGUUUUUCCCGAAAGUUCUUAUGCAGUUCGUUACACACAAUGGUUAUCUUUUUAGACAGCGGACUUAUAAUUUGUGUUUUUAAGUUGUAUUAAACGACUUGACAUGUGCGAUAGACAACGGUUUGUUGUUAGCAUACGGAGAGAAUUAAUUUUAUUUCCUUGAAUGUGAUUAACAGUUGAAGGGACAAGGUAUCUUUAUUAUUUUCUUUUUUCUUUUCUCUUUUUCCUUAUCUCAUUGUGAAUCCUGCUGCGAGCGUGGUUUUUAUUUUUUGUGACUUAAGUUUACCGCACGUAUAGGAAAGUGAGCAGCCGCGUGCGUGAAAUAUGCAUUGUAUCCAUUCGAGUAUAAUUUUUUUUUUUUAAUAUUGACGUUGUUUAAGACGAAUUGUGUAUAUGAUCUGUAAUUUGCGUCGAAUAACGAUUUUUUACCUAGAAUUUGUACACGAUAUCUGUUACGAAUUUAAGAAAGUCAUGCAAUUUUAGAAUUUUUCACGAAGGCAAAUAGAGACGUUUUCCAGAUUUAUAUAACACGAAUUUCAACGGAUUACACAUUACGUAGUUGUAUAAACGAUUAUCAGAAGACAGUUAUGCCGCCAGCAGCUAACAUCGUUUAUCAAGACACAUGCACAAACAUCAGAAGUCUUGACUGUCUCGAGCCAUUGUGAUAUUAGUGUAAGAAUAUCAGAUAUAUGAUAAUGUAAAUUAUCAAUAAUUAGGAUUAUAAUGGAUAUUUUUUUAAUGACUUAUAUAAGAGAGUCAUAUCACAUGUAGAUUCGAUAAUGCAUCUAGACUUGGAGUAAUAUUAAUUUUAAUGAUGUUAACUUUGGUCUCAUUCUAUUAAUCCAUACAAUAACAGAUAUAUUUCAUAUGAUAAACAUCCAGGGAGAAUAUAAUUUCAUGUAUAUAUACUCCAUCAAAGACGUAUACAGGACUUAAUACAGAACAGUUAUGUUUUAUGUACAGUUUGACGCUUAUUUUAUUGUGAAAUCAGCGUGCUGUUAUAUACAAUAUGGUUUUUUGAAAUCCACCGCCACCAAUAAAAAGAUUAAAUUAUUUUAUA